AUGGCGCCUCCCCAUACGAGGGUCGCCAUUAUCGGCUCUGGCCCUGCUGCUCACACCGCGGCGAUCUAUCUCUCCCGGGCAGAGCUCAAACCCGUCAUGUAUGAAGGCUUCCUCGCUGGUGGCACCGCAGCGGGCGGCCAGUUGACAACCACGACCGACGUGGAGAACUACCCAGGCUUCUCCAAGGGUAUUGGCGGUGCAGAGCUGAUGGAAGAGAUGAAAGCACAGUCUCUUCGAUUUGGCACGGAGAUCAUCACAGAAACCAUCUCAAGAGUAGACCUGAAAUCCCGACCAUUUCGUUUGUGGAGAGAGUACCAGGAUGGAGAAUCAGAUGAGCCUGCGCACACAGCCGAUGCGGUCAUCAUCGCAACUGGCGCUAAUGCGAGACGAUUACAUUUACCUGGCGAGGAGACAUAUUGGCAGAAUGGUAUAUCAGCGUGUGCAGUCUGUGACGGGGCUGUCCCCAUCUUCCGGAACAAACCACUAGUCGUGAUCGGAGGAGGUGACUCCGCCGCCGAGGAGGCCAUGUUCUUGACAAAAUACGGCUCCCACGUCACCGUGUUGGUCAGGAGGGACAAGCUACGAGCCUCCAAAACCAUGGCGAAACGACUACUGGCGAACCCAAAGGUGACGGUCAAAUUCAACCACGUCGCAGUCGAGGUACAAGGAGAAGAUAAACCGCGAGGGUUGAUGACACACCUGAAAGUCAGAAACGUGGUCACAAAGGAAGAGGAAGUCCUGGAGGCCAAUGGACUGUUUUACGCCGUUGGCCACGACCCCGCCACCGCGAUGUUCAAGGGCCAAAUUGAUACAGACGAAGACGGCUACAUCGCGACGAAACCAGGCACGAGUUAUACGAGCAUCUCAGGCGUUUUUGCGGCCGGAGACGUGCAGGACAAACGCUAUCGCCAGGCUAUCACCAGCGCGGGAAGCGGAUGCAUAGCUGCUCUCGAGGCAGAGAAGUACCUGGCAGAGUUGGAGGAUUCCGAGCUGGACCUUGAAAAGGAGAAGCAGGCGAAGAAACCAGAAGUCAAUGGUGAAACAGCCCCGGAGUACCGAUCCAACCCUCUCCUGUAA